AGUGAACUUACUUUCGCAGAUUUAUUGCGUAUUUUCUGAAAAUUUGUCUCGGUUAUUCUUUUAAAAUCUUCAUCAUCGGAAGAAUAUUCGCAGGGUAAGGGAGCUAAGCCUGAAAGAAAAAACUAUAGAUUUAAAAAUAUGGCUGCCAACGACAUCUCGCACGAAAUAUUAGCAAUAAUUCAGGGAGUUCCAGCUGGCGCUACAAAUGACGAUCUUGUAAAAGGGCUGCCGGAUGUGCCGGCUCAAGCUCGCCUCGAAGGCUUGAAUAAGUUGUUGCAGCAGGGCACUAUCGAAUUGCUGAAAAAGGGCGAUAAACUCAUAUAUCGUGCAAAAGAUCCGAAGAAGAGUGCAUUACCCAAAGAUGCCGAUAAUGAGGAAAAGAUCAUAUAUGGUAUAAUUGAAGAAGGCGGCAAUAAAGGCAUUUGGAUACGUGACAUACGUUUGCAGUCGAAUCUUAAUAUGACACAGUUAAAUAAAAUUUUAAAAAAUCUCGAGACAAAAAAACUCAUCAAAGCAGUAAAAUCGGUUAAUGCUAGUAAAAAGAAAGUAUAUAUGCUGUAUAAUUUAGAACCAGAUCGUUCAGUAACAGGCGGUGCCUGGUACCAAGAUCAAGACUUUGAAGCUGAAUUUGUGGAUGUUCUUAACCAGCAAUGUUUGAGAUUUCUGCAGUUGACACGUGAAAAUGCCGAAAAGAAGCGCGAAGGACCUUUGGCACUCAAAAGACUUUCGUGUUGUACUGUCAAGGAAGUUCACAAAUUCAUAUCAGAUUUGGGUAUAAGUAAGGUACAUUUGGAUGAAGAUGAUCUGGAAACAAUCCUUAAAACCGUCGUUUACGAUGGCAGUGCGGAGCGCAUAAUGAUGCCUGACGGUUCAUAUGUUUAUCGUGCGGUUAACUCGCCAUUGGCAGCACCUGGUCUUGUUCAAAUGCCUUGUGGCAUAUGCCCCGUAAUAAGGAAUUGUUCUAAAUGUGGUGAUGUAACACCAAAUAAAUGUGUUUAUAUGACUGAUUGGCUGGACUAAAAUUUAAAACUAAUGCUAAUGUAUAUUUAAAUAAAUUUAAGUCUAAUAAAAUAAGACUCCAUAAAA